ACUUUCAACACCUGACAAAUGUCUUCAAAUUUAAAAAUCAAGAAGCAGCACUUUAAGUCUAACUCCACGCCAUUUUAGUGCAUGUAUUAGUUUAAUAAUGAUUUUUGGUGCAUGCCUUUGGGCUUAUUCAAAAGUGUACAAUAGAAAAGUGUAUUUCCUUUCUUAGAAAGGAGAUGUUUUUCUACUUUGCAACAUGUGAUUACAAAAAUCUUCCUCUGUGGGAAGAUUAACCAUGUAUUGAACUACUGAAAAGUAUAUAUUUUUAGAUAUACAGAAGGAAUCUACACGGGGCAGCAUUCAGACCUAUAUAGAAGUCAUAGCAUUCUGUAUAGGACCAAAAGGAAGUAACAUUAAACACUUAAACAGACUUUGUUGGGUAGAAAUACCUUUCAAUCUUGCAUUGACUUCAAAAAAGAAAAUGCCGCAGAAGUUUGCUUAAACUUUUGUUUGAAUUUUCUCUGUCAGUGUAUUUAGCCCAAAUGCAGCAGCUUUGGGUUAGCACAAUGUAAGAUUCAAAACACAAACUAAAUAGUUCAGUCUGGUUUGCCAAUCCAGCUUGACUGAAAUAAGUAACCAAUCACUUGCAAACUGAAAAACUGUCCAACUCCUCUGAGGUUUUGACAAAAUAACCUUGGCUGAUGUGGGAACACUCCUACUUUGAAUUCUGACCUGACAGUGAAGAUUCAUGCUUGACAUGAUUUCAAACCUGACAGUGUCUGUUUAAGGAGCCAUGGUACAGUUUGCUAAUUCAAUCCCAGAUACCUGUUGAUUACCUGUAAGAUCUAGAGUCCAAAGUAGCCAGCAGCCGUAUCCCUGAGUGCUCUGUGCCCAUCAGAUAUCGUGAAGUAAGCAGAGUUGGGACGGGUCACAGCUCUGAGGUUUGACCUCGGGUUGUAGACAGCCCCAGAUUCAAGAAUUGUAUCUGCUUCCUUGGGAGUCAUCACUGAAAUAAUGUCCCACACUGCGUUACUUACUGUAGAUGCUCUCCAGGAGGAGGCCCAGAGCACACAUCCUAAUUGUGGUACUCAGAGAGGGGGUGCUAACUCUGAUGCCCUGGCCAAAUUCCAGUUUAGGGAUGUGGGUCUUCUUGUCAUUCUGAUUGGAAAUGUACAUCACUUCCCAUUUUUCCUAUUGCUCUCAGUGCAAACUACACAAAUCUGUUCCUUUGCCCCAAUCCCAAGUCUCCAAGAUACUGACUGGUAUUGUAUGGGCCAAGUUCAUGCCUUAUCUUAAUGCACAAGAGUUGAAAUGAGUGAGCUUGACAUCAUCAGAUGCCCUGUACGUGGAGGGUAGACUCUUGUGACGCUUGGGGAUGAAACCAGCCCUCUUUUAGCAUAUGUUAGAAGAUAUGCACUGGUUGAAAGCUUCCAGCUAUAAGGUAUGAGCUGAAACCAGUCUUCCCUCUUUUCUUAUAGCAUGAUGAGAACGUCUGUUGGGUUUUCAGCAGUUGGGGAAGGCCGGAGUUCUGCAGCUUUAAUCUGGGUAACUAGCUGGUUUGAGCAAGACUUUGGUAAAUUAACUGGGUUCUCAGAUGCCACAGACUCCGUGAGAAGUCACCAUUAUUUUCAAUGGCCAUGAUAGAGUCCCCUGUAGCCGUUACUUUAAGAUACAUGCAGAGUUGCUUUAUUUUGAGCUUUUUGUGUACACACAAUCCCAAACUGGAAAAACUUUAAAAAGAAUCCUGCUGUGAAAGGUAUAUAUUACUCUAGAUUUUUCUUACUGUAAAUAUUGUAAGAUUGUAAUACUGUCGAUAUUUUAUUAACCAACAAAUGUUAAUCUAUGUGAAAUCAGACUUAUUUUCAAUGUGCUUCUUAUUUACUGUGUGUGGUCCCUGUUGCUGACAGUAUUGUUAUAUUCUGAUGUAAGAUUAACUUUAUUAAAGAAUGUAAACAUUAAUGUUUCCUUAUGGGAAAACAAAUAAAGUAUAAAGAAGACAAUUCUUUUCAUUGAAAUAUACUGUGUAUUUACACUUGCUAGACCCAGCACCACUUAUAAACUUAGUCCACUGUCCAGUUUCAGUUAACACAGCUGACAUGGUUGUGCUCCGCUUGAAAGUCUAAGCCUUGCUGUUGUUGGAAUAUAAAGAGUUUGUAUUUGUCUGCUGUGAAUCAUCUUGAAAUUUCUAAUCAAGUUUGUAAAAUUUUUAUAGUAAAUAUUUUAAUGACAAUUUAAAAAAUUACCUUCUCUAAAGGAUGGUCAAAACAAUGUCCUUUCAGAAAUAGAGUUGUUCUUUACUAUCUUUCCAAAAUGACUUUGGUUAAAUGGACCAGGUGUAUAUUAGUUAAAACCUAGGGCUAAGUUCUUGAUAUUCUUUGAGUUUACACGUUAAUCCUUAUUGGAGUUGUGCCAAUAUACAAUAGAAUAUCAUUAAUUUGCACUGUUUGGGGACCCCAUUUAAGAAUGCUGAAUUUUGCCAACUAAAAAGUAAGCAAAUACAAUUUUAAAAGUAAAUUUGAGCAUUCUGUGUUAAAUAUGUGCAGUUAUUAUCAUAUGAAGAAGCGCAGUGUGUUGGGCUGUAAUAUAACCAUAUUUGCUGUCAUGUUCUCCCAAAUCAGUGCUGGGAACUCACCAUGUGGAAACCAAGCAACCGUGUUGUGCAUCAGCCGGCUUGAGUUUGUUCACUAUCACAGCUGAAGCUAGCGAGGUCUGCUGUACUGCUUAUUGAAGUAUUGUGAUUCUUUUAGGCCUUGAUUCUUACAAAAUAUAUACUGUAACAGUAUACUUUGUACAGAUUUAAAUUUUAUUUGAAAAAAAUGAAAUAAAGUAGGCAAAAAAUAAA